GAGCACCCCUGCUUCGCUCAAUACCACCAGGAGCCAGGCGACCAACUCAGCCUGCUUCGUCUCGAGGAUGCAAAGGACUGACUGAUCACAGCCCAGGCAACCCACCAAGGAGGUUUCACGGACAGCCGCGUCGGACGGAUGCACGAUGGGGAAGUUCUUCGAGACAAUUCCUGAUUACCUGAUGCAAUGGAUCCCACAACAAAAGAUGUUCUGGGUAGCCACCGCGCCGCUUUCGGCGUCCGGCCACGUCAACGUGUCGCCCAAGGGCGGUCCGUACUUCGGCCUGCUCAACGACACCACCUUCUGGUACAUGGACCUCACCGGCAGCGGCAACGAGACCAUCUCGCAUCUCUACGAACCGGGCAACGGCCGCAUCACUGUCAUGUUCAGCUCAUUUGAGAGCUCGCCGCGCAUCGUCCGCCUGUUUGGCCACGGCACCGUCUUGGAGCGGGGCACCAGCGCCUUCGACGAGUUUGUCAAGAAGCACGACGUUGAGCUCCUCCCUGGCUCCAGAUCCAUCAUCGUUGUGCGCCUGCACCAGGUUAUGACCUCGUGCGGCUACUCGGUCCCCUUCUACGAGUUCAAGAGUUUCCGAGCCACCCUCAACGAGGUCUUUGCCAAAAAGGCUGAGAAAUUCCAGCAGGGCGACUUAGACAUGAGUUUAGAAAGGUAUUGGGCCUUCAAGAACUCAUUCAGUGUGGACGGGCUGCCUGGAAUGCGAGCAGGAUACGAGACAAUGAAGAAGGAGCACAUCGCUCCGAUGGAGAAAAUCGUGGGGCCGAUGGCGCUGCGAGGAUACCGCAAGGAACGGACCUUCACUCUCUGGCAUCUCGUCUUCGUGGCCGUUCUUUCGGCCCUUUGCACGGCCUGCUCGCUCCUUUUUCUCCUAGCCGCGGCCAAGACAACUUCGUCCUAGCUCCAUCACCCUCACUACCCUUGUGGAAUUUCGAAGGCGAAUCGGUGCUCGCUCAGCUUGUUCCACCACACGCAACGAGCAUCGCGAGCUGAGAUACUGUACGUAUGUUGCAGGUACAUAAGCAUUGCAUAGAGUCGAAUUUUUCUAUUCGCAAGCCUGCAUUGCGAGCUACUACCAUGAGCCUGUCCUGCACUCUAUGCAACGCCUUUUCUGGAUGUUCCGACCCGAUAAUCCGUGAUG